UUAAGCCUCUCGGUCUGUGGCAGCCGCGCUAGCCCGGCCCCGGGAGCGAAGAGAGAGGGGAGGCGGAGACGGAGCAAGGUCCGAGGAGCAGCUCCGGUCCCCGUCGAGCCGCCAACGCAGGCCGAGGACGGUCGGACUCCCGCUGCGGGAGGAGCCUGUUCCCCUGAGGGUCGCUGAAGUACACCAUACUACCUUUUUGAAAAUCUUGCGUGGACAAUGGCUACCCAAGCUGAUUUGAUGGAGCUGGACAUGGCCAUGGAGCCAGACAGAAAAGCAGCUGUCAGUCACUGGCAGCAGCAGUCUUACCUGGACUCUGGAAUCCAUUCUGGUGCCACUACCACAGCGCCUUCUCUGAGCGGUAAAGGCAAUCCUGAGGAAGAGGAUGUGGAUACCACCCAAGUCCUGUAUGAGUGGGAACAGGGGUUUUCUCAGUCCUUCACUCAAGAACAAGUAGCUGAUAUCGACGGACAGUAUGCAAUGACUCGAGCUCAGAGGGUGAGAGCUGCUAUGUUCCCUGAGACGCUAGAUGAGGGCAUGCAGAUCCCAUCUACACAGUUCGAUGCUGCUCAUCCCACUAACGUCCAGCGUCUGGCUGAACCAUCACAGAUGCUGAAACAUGCCGUUGUAAACUUAAUUAACUACCAAGAUGAUGCAGAACUUGCCACACGUGCAAUCCCUGAAUUGACAAAACUGCUGAAUGACGAAGACCAGGUGGUGGUUAAUAAGGCUGCAGUUAUGGUCCAUCAGCUUUCUAAAAAGGAAGCUUCCAGACACGCCAUCAUGCGUUCUCCUCAGAUGGUGUCUGCUAUUGUACGUACCAUGCAGAACACAAAUGAUGUGGAAACAGCUCGCUGUACUGCUGGGACCUUGCACAAUCUUUCCCACCAUCGUGAGGGCUUGCUGGCCAUCUUUAAAUCUGGGGGCAUUCCUGCCCUGGUGAAGAUGCUUGGUUCACCAGUGGAUUCUGUAUUGUUUUAUGCCAUUACAACUCUCCACAACCUUUUAUUGCAUCAGGAAGGAGCUAAAAUGGCAGUGCGUUUAGCUGGCGGGCUGCAGAAAAUGGUUGCCUUGCUCAACAAAACAAAUGUUAAAUUCUUGGCUAUUACAACAGACUGUCUUCAGAUUUUAGCUUACGGCAAUCAAGAAAGCAAGCUCAUCAUUCUGGCUAGUGGUGGACCUCAAGCUCUAGUGAAUAUAAUGAGGACCUACACUUAUGAGAAACUACUGUGGACCACAAGCAGAGUGCUGAAGGUGCUGUCUGUGUGCUCUAGUAACAAGCCGGCUAUUGUAGAAGCUGGUGGAAUGCAAGCUUUAGGACUUCACCUGACAGAUCCAAGUCAGCGCCUUGUUCAGAACUGCCUUUGGACUCUAAGGAAUCUUUCAGAUGCUGCAACUAAACAGGAAGGGAUGGAAGGUCUUCUUGGGACUCUUGUUCAGCUUCUAGGCUCAGAUGAUAUCAAUGUGGUCACCUGUGCAGCUGGAAUUCUUUCUAAUCUCACUUGCAAUAAUUAUAAGAACAAGAUGAUGGUGUGCCAAGUGGGUGGCAUAGAGGCCCUUGUGCGCACGGUCCUCCGUGCUGGGGACAGGGAAGACAUCACUGAGCCUGCCAUCUGUGCCCUUCGUCAUCUGACCAGCCGGCACCAGGAGGCUGAGAUGGCCCAGAACGCUGUUCGCCUUCACUACGGACUACCUGUGGUGGUUAAACUCCUACAUCCACCAUCCCACUGGCCUCUGAUCAAGGCUACUGUUGGAUUGAUUCGAAAUCUUGCCCUUUGUCCAGCAAAUCAUGCGCCUUUGCGUGAGCAGGGUGCCAUUCCACGGCUAGUUCAGUUGCUGGUUCGUGCACAUCAGGAUACCCAGCGUCGUACAUCUAUGGGUGGAACACAGCAGCAGUUUGUGGAGGGAGUCCGCAUGGAAGAAAUAGUUGAAGGUUGUACUGGAGCCCUUCACAUCCUAGCUCGGGAUGUUCACAACCGAAUCGUUAUCAGAGGACUAAAUACCAUUCCAUUGUUUGUGCAGCUGCUUUAUUCUCCUAUUGAAAAUAUCCAAAGAGUAGCUGCAGGGGUCCUCUGUGAACUUGCUCAGGACAAGGAAGCUGCAGAAGCUAUUGAAGCCGAGGGAGCCACAGCUCCUCUGACAGAACUACUUCAUUCUAGGAAUGAGGGUGUGGCAACAUAUGCAGCUGCUGUUUUGUUCCGAAUGUCUGAGGACAAGCCACAGGAUUAUAAGAAACGGCUUUCAGUUGAGCUGACCAGUUCUCUCUUCAGAACGGAGCCAAUGGCUUGGAAUGAGACUGCUGAUCUUGGACUUGAUAUUGGUGCCCAGGGAGAACCUCUUGGAUAUCGCCAGGAUGAUCCCAGCUAUCGUUCUUUUCACUCCGGUGGGUACGGCCAGGACGCCUUGGGGAUGGACCCCAUGAUGGAGCAUGAGAUGGGCGGCCACCACCCCGGUGCUGACUAUCCAGUUGACGGGCUGCCAGAUCUGGGGCAUGCCCAGGACCUCAUGGAUGGGCUGCCCCCGGGCGACAGCAAUCAGCUGGCCUGGUUUGAUACUGACCUGUAAAUCAUCCUUUAGCUGUAUUGUCUGAACUUGCAUUGUGAUUGGCCUGUAGAGUUGCUGAGAGGGCUCGAGGGGUGGGCUGGUAUCUCAGAAAGUGCCUGACACACUAACCAAGCUGAGUUUCCUAUGGGAACAAUUGAAGUAAACUUUUUGUUCUGGUCCUUUUUGGUCGAGGAGUUACAAUACAAAUGGAUUUUGGGAGUGACUCAAGAAGUGAAGAAUGCACAAGAAUGGAUCACAAGAUGGAAUUUAUCAAACUCUAGCCUUGCUUGUUAAAUUUUUUUUUUUUUUAAAUAUCUGUAAUGGUACUGACUUUGCUUGCUUUGAAGUAGCUUUUUUUUUCUUUUUUUUUUGCAGUAACUUAGUUUUUUAAGUCUCUCGUAGUGUUAAGUUAUAGUGAAUACUGCUACAGCAAUUUCUAAUUUUUAAGAAUCGAGUAAUGGUGUAGAAACACUAAUUCAUAAUCACUCUAAUUGUAAUCUGAUAAAGUGUAACAUUGUGUAGCCUUUUUGUAUAAAAUAGACAAAUAGAAAUGGUCCAAUUAGUUUCCUUUUUAAUAUGCUUAAAAUAAGCAGGUGAAUCUAUUUCACGUUUUUGAUCAAAAACUUUAUUUGGGAUAUGUAUGGGUAGGUAAGUCAGUAAGAGGUGUUAUUUGGAACCUUGUUUUGGACAGUUUACCAGUUGCCUUUUAUCCCAAAGUUGUUGUAACCUGCUGUGAUACAAUGCUUCAAGAGAAAAUGCGGUUAUAAAAAUGGUUCAGAAUUAAACUUUUAAUUCAUUC